AUGGACAUUAGUUACCACAGCUAUGCUACUCAGGCCAUCGUCGUCGAGCAUCUCGUAUUAGCUUCAUGUGGGAUUUUGACCAUUGUAAAGAUAACGCUGAUACGGCUGCAUCGCGACAACCUGUUGAAGAACCUGCGCAAUGCGGCGAGCGACUGGACGUACAUCACAGAACAAGAUCAUCGUCAAGUUAUGUUUCGCUACACUAAUCUGGGAAGAUCCGUCUGCUUCUUUCAGAUGGGUUCCUCGUAUUUUGUCAUUAUACCGUUGAUAGUCGGACCGCUACUGUCUUCUGCGACGUUGUUCUCUUCAGAAAACGUCACGUCAAUUGCGAAUUCCGAGAAAGAGAUACGAGCCAUGGAGCUGCCUCAAGAGAUGAUCUGUCCGUUCGACAAUCAGAUCGUUUGCUACGGUAUAUAUAUCCUACAAAGUAUUCAGCUGAUCGGCACGGCCACGGGGAACGUUGGCAGCGAUGUUUUCCUCUUCGGCGUUUCCAUGCAUCUCUGUGGUCAACUGGAAGUGCUUGGUCUAGAGCUGUUGCGUUUCCACGAAGGGAGGGAACACAGUUACUGGAAACGAACUAAAAUGGUCACACUGAUCGAGAGGCACUGUCUGCUCCUGAAUCUAGCCAAAGACAUUGUUGACAUACUCGAUGGUAUUUUGAUCGCUCAACUAAUCCUCCACGCUUCGCUUAUAUGCUUAAUAGGAAUACAACUCAUUGUGUCGUUGGCAAAUAGUGAGUAUGUCUUCGUCACGAGAAGUAUAUCCGCUUUUAAUAUAGCAAUGAUACAGCUGUUCUUAUACAGCUAUAUAGGGGAAACUUUGUCGUCAAAAACGCAAGCGAUUUCUCGCGCGAUUUAUUUAAGUAGAUGGUACGACUUGCCUACAAACGUUGUGCGAGACAUGUAUUUUAUAAUAGCUCGCGCUAAUGUACCCGUUCGCAUAAGAGUAGGUAAAUUCUACAUUAUGGAUCUUAACACCUUCAAAAAUAUCCUGAAAGUCUCGGUUUCUUAUUUUUCUGUAUUAAAAAUUAUGCUUGUUCAAUAA